ACUGCUGGAGGUUGAUAUCCGCCUGGUCCGAAGGGGAUUAACAAGCACCAGAUCUGGUCAUUUGGCUUUCAGGCCCGUUUGAUAUCUGGUGUGUCAUCGUGGACUUGGAGUCAUACGCUCGUCAGCUCAGUCUUGCCUCACCCGGGUUGUCUUGCUCCUGGGGCUGUCACACGUUCCUCCUCCUCCAGGCAGCGGCGGCAAAACCUCGGACCCAACGAAAUCCAGGCGGGCGUGACUCUGCCAGGAACGGCUGGGCCUAGAAACGCGGCACCACCUCAGCUGAGGAUUGAACCCAGCGUGCUCGCCUCGUUCGAUUUCAGGUCACCGCGUUUGCAUUUUUACCAGCCAGCUUUCGCGACUCCGGCUCGUGUCUCGUGGGCUCGUGGGCUGCGUUUUUCUGUUGUUUUCUGGCCAUUUUUCGGGGUUCCCGAAUUCAGGGCGAAAUGCUCAUCGGCAUCUGCGGCAGCAUAUGUGCUGGGAGAAGCACGGUGGCGCAGUAUCUAGUCAGCCACCAUGGCUUCAAGCGCCUGGAGAUAAGGAAGCCCGCCCAAGAAGGGCAAGACGGACCCUCUGCCGCCAACGGCAGUGGUGAUCAAAAAGCGGCAGCAAAGACGACGGGCCAGCCGCUCAGCUUCUCCGAUGCGGACGAGCUCCUGGACUUUGUCACAAAGCGCUGGCGGGAGCGGUGGGUGACGGUGGUUACGACGGUGGCCGUUCUGGACCUCCUCGCCAGGCGGCCAUUUUUUCUGCUCAUCAGCGUUGACGCUCCGGUCACGACGCGGUGGAAGCGGCUCAGCCAGUGGCUGGAGAAGGAAGGGGGCGGGCGGGCGGACAGGGACCACUUUGCCGACGCGACGGCCGACGCGGCGGCCGACCUGUCCGAGUUCGUGCGGUGGUCGGACGACCAGAUGUACGACGACUCGACGGGCAGCAUGGCGCUCAUGUCGCGGGCGGCGGUGCACAUGCUCAACACGUCGCCCGACGUGGCGCACCUGUACGCGACGCUGGGCAAGGUGGACCUGACCAACGAGGACCGGCUGCGGCCGUCGUGGGACGCCUACUUCAUGUCGCUGGCGUCGCUGGCGGCGCACCGCAGCAACUGCAUGAAGCGCCGGGUCGGCUGCGUCCUGGUGCGCGGCCGCCGCGUCGUCAGCACCGGCUACAACGGCACGCCCCGCGGCCUGCGCAACUGCGGCGAGGGCGGCUGCCCGCGGUGCAAUGAAGGGGCCGGGUCCGGCGUCGGCCUCUCCACCUGCCUGUGCCUGCACGCCGAGGAGAACGCGCUGCUGGAGGCGGGCCGGGACAGGAUUGGGGACGGGAGCGUGCUCUACUGCGACACGUGCCCCUGCCUGACGUGCAGCAUCAAGAUCGCCCAGGUCGGCAUCGGCGAGGUCGUCUACAGCCAGGGCUACAGCAUGGACGGCGACACGGCGGCGGUGCUGCGCGAGGCGGGCGUCAAGCUGCGCCAGUAUGUCCCGCCCGCGAACGGCCUCAUCCACAUGGAGAGGACCGAGCUGUACUGACAGGGACAUUCUGUUGUGUUGUGAUGGGCGGGCAAGUGAAAUAAGCUGUACAACAGGCUGUUAAGCUUGUCCUCGGCCGCCUCGGCUAUGGGCGUCCGUUGCCGCCUCCGCGGUAGCACCGAGGUUAGAGGCAGCAUGAGGCAUGUAGGCUUGUUGCCAUGGCAUUCUUUCAAACAUAGGCACAGCACAGACUCGAUCCUUUCCAGAUGGGGUCGCAUACGCAAGCUACCACGACGUAAUCUUGUCGGGAAUGCGCGAGUUAUGCCCGACGGAGGCAAACCUAGCUCCAAUUCUCCUGCGACCCACUGCGUCUUUUUUCUUGACCCUGAUGUGCCUUGUCACUUGCCCUUGUGCAGCU